AAAAUUGAGUGAAAUAUCUCCUGUCUCUUCCCCCUUCUCUCUCUCUCUCUUCCUUUUUUCUGACCAUUAAACAAUGAAAUGGAAGAUUCCCAAUCAUCCCUUCCACUCCAUAGGAAACACCCAUAAUUCCACCAACAAUCCCAAAUUUAUUUUUUUCCAUCAUAUACAAACAUGACCACCUCUUAGAACCCUUCACUUCUCUCCUUUCUUUUAAAUACCCAUCAAUCUGCAUCACCUUUUUUCCCCCAAAACACCACACCAUCCUUUCUGCUAUCUCCCAUGAUCAUGAACCACUCUCCCUCCUCUGUCAAUGGCUUCUUCACCCUCCUCACACAAGGCCUCAAUGAUCUUGACUCCUCUUUCCCAUCUUACAACUUCAUGUCAGUCCAUUUCCUCCAGCAUGUCCUCUCGUCGCUCCGGUCCUUCCACUCCCAUCUGACCAUUUUAGUCCAGAAACUCCACCUGCCCAACGGAGAGAAAUGGCUCGAUGAGUACAUGGAUGAGAGUUCGCGACUCUGGGAAGCCUGUCAUGUCCUGAAAACCGGCAUAUCAAACAUGGAAAAUUUUCACACCGCCGGCGUCAAUAUAGCUUCCUCCAUCGAGCAACAUAGUGCUAUGACACCACAACUUUCCCGCCAGGUUAUCCGGUUGAUCACCAACUGCCAAAGGGAAGCGGUUGGAUUGGAGGAGGAAAACAGAAACCUAAUGGAGACGAGAAUCCAACCGCUGUCGCUAAGGUUUGAUGAGAACGUAUCCAUCGAUUCCAAGUUCAAUGCGUUCAAUGGCUUUCGAGGGGUACUCUAUGCGAUGAGGAACGUGAGUUCAUUGCUCUUGAUGAUCCUAUUCAAUGGCCUGGUCUAUUUUUGCCCGGAAACAAGAUUCUGCCAAGAAGGCUAUGAAGGGGACAUGGUGUUUGGAUCGGCUUUGAUGGUGGCGAUAGCGAAACUGCACCAGAGAGUGGCAGCCGAGGCGAAUCAGGUCAAUGGGGAGUGGGGAAUUCUCCUUUAUGAGUUCAGAAGAGCAAGAAUUUCAAUGGAGGAGCUGAAGGAGGAAUUGGGGAGAAUUCUGGAGUAUGGUACAGAAUUUGAUUUCCAAGAAAAGGUUGAGAAUUGGAAGUCUUGCUUUGGAGUGUUGAAGUGUGGGGCUGAGAAUGUCAUUGUGCAGCUUGAUGACUUCUUUGAUGAAAUUGUAGAAGGGAGGAAAAAGGUUUUGGACAUGUGCACACAUAGGAAGUGAGAGAGAGAAAAGGGAGUUUUCGCACUUUUUUGCAGCCAUAGUAAGAGAGAGGAAAGUGAAGUGUAAGAAGAAAAAAACAGUUGAUAUGGGUAGGUUUUUCUCUUUUUUUUCCCCGAUAACCAGGCGUCCGGGCCACCUUAUGUGCACCUCAACUAAUCCAGAGAUCUUAAACUCACCGUCCACUUGCGAGCUGAUAUGGGUAGUUUUGAGGCUUUUGAUCUCUACUUUUCCAAAAACAUGUGUUUUGAUUUCCUUCUCCCUCUUGGAGGCACUUUAGUUUUGAAGGAAAGAGAAUGUGAUUCUUUCCUUUCAAGAAAAGCAAGAUUAUUAUGUAUUAUCUCCUUUAUCUAAAGAGAAGAAACAAGAAGAAUACAUGUAAUAGACAGAGUAGCUUCAAUAGAAAGCAAAAUUUUCCUACCCAAA